ACCUCCCCUUCGCCGGUAUCGUGUCCUCGUUCACGCCCACCCCACCCCUACCCCCAUUCUCCCCGACCUCCGAUGCCGGAGCGCCGCAACGUCGCCGGAGAUCCGCCGUACUGGUGAUCCCCGACCGAUGCACCGCCUCCUGCUCUCCCGCCCCCCGAUGCCCACCCCCGUCCUCCACACCACGCCCGCCUCCCCCGCCGCCGACGGCGACCUCCUCGAGCUCGACGUCCUCUGGCCCGCCUCCUCGGCCCCCGGCCUCCUCGCCGCGCUCCCCAACGACGAGGCCAAGAAGAAGAAGAAGCGCUCCGGCGCGGGCGCGGGCGCGGGCGGCCCUGCUGCCGUCCGAUCCGCCGGCCGCGCCAUCCCGGAGAAGGCCGCUGCGGUGACCGUGCCGUCAGCGGCGGCGGCCACGGCGAGGUCGGCCCCGGUGCGCAUACCGUGCGAGGCGCGGAGGGGGAGGUGGGCCCACGCCGUGGGAGGCGGCGGCAGCGACGACGGGGACGCCAUGGUCCCGCCGCACGAGAUCGUCGCGCGGCGCGCGGCGGCACACAGCUCCGUGCUCGAGGGCGCCGGGAGGACGCUCAAGGGCCGCGACCUCCGCCGCGUCCGCAACGCCGUCCUGCGCCGCACCGGCUUCCUCGACUGAGAAGAGAGGAGGCGGACGGAGGCGAGUCGUCGCUUUCGCGAUUAAAGUUUUGACUUCUUCUGUUCAAUCUUUUCCCCCUUUCGUACGUCCGUUGAGUUUCCGGCUCUUCUUUUAUUUCGUUUAUUACCCAUGGGAAAGGGGAUGGACAUGGAAGAGGUGAGGUGAGGUGAGUGAGCGAGGAUUAUAACACGACAAUAACAGUUCUGUGUUCCAUCACACCUAUAUGGAAAUUUUGGCCAUUAUGAUUGUUCUAUCCGUAUGAUGUGUGUUUUGUUCAUGGGCUCAAAAUUUAGGUUUUGUCUUCGGUUCAAUGGAGGAAAAAUAUUUGUGUACGCGAGGUGAGAUGAUUUCCUUGAGAAUUAUGCUAAAGCGUUUUGGUCAGAGAAUUGGGUCAAAGAUGCAAAAUGAAAUUCUUUGGUUUGUUGGGUUUCGGAUCCCGGAGAUGGUGUUUAUCAGAAUUUUUGAAUUUGCUGUUCGUUCA